CAUGGGCAGAGCAUUUGUGACUCAGAAACCGGUUCCCCUGGCUGUAACAAUGAUACAGCUCUGGGAUCAUUACCUGUAAGCCAAUGCCUUAGCUUCACAGCCCUCUCUCUACGCAAGGUGUGUUGCUGUCACCGACUGCUGGGAAAGCACUCUCAGGUGUGGGAAGAGAGGGCUCGCCACUAGCUUGGACUUCCAGGGACCUUUCUUUCCAGGAAGAAAUUUAAUAUUAAUUAGAAACGCCUCUAGAAGAUUCACUACUGCCUUGUAGAGAGGGCACAAACGCAAGAAGGACCGGAUGGGAAUCCUAUAUUCUGAGCCCAUCUGCCAGGCAGCCUACCAGAACGACUUGGGGCAAGUGUGGCGGUGGGUGAAAGAAAGCAACCAUUAUGUGGAUAUUCAAGAUGGCUUCAAUGGCGAUACUCCCCUCAUCUGUGCCUGCAGGCGGGGGCACCUGAGAAUUGUCUCCUUCCUUUUAAGGAGAAAUGCUGAUGUCAACCUCAAAAACUUGUACGGCUACACUGCCCUGCACUACGCUUGCCAGAUGAAAAACCAGACUCUCAUCCCUCUGCUCCUGGCAGCCCGUGCAGACCCCACGAUAAAGAACAAGCAUGGUGAGAGUUCACUGGAUAUCGCACAGAGACUAAAAUUUAACCAGAUCGCAUUAAUGCUAAAGAAAGGCUCAUAGUCCUGUGAUUUCUCACGUGGUGACAGAGUCACAGCUGAAGGACUGGAUGUUGUCCAUUUCAUGGAUUAUUACUCUAUGGGCACUCAAGCUGGACAAACACUGGACUAAGGAUGGUUUUCACAGUGGAGGUCACCAUGGCCUUGAUUCCUCCAAAGGACUCAUUACAUGCAUUGGAAUCUCUGUUGUCAAAACUGAUUUUUAAAGAAUUUAUUGUCCAGUGCAUUCUAAAAACAAGUCAGAGCCACCUGAGGUCACAUUCUCUCUUUCUAGUGGUGUCAUCCUUCUAAAGACUUUGUCCUAUAUCCUGUCUUGGGACAUAAAUGGCUUGUUUCAGGCCCAUUACAUACUAAGCCCAAGAAUCGAAGCAUGUGCACGUGUACAACAUGACUUGCAUGUGUGGGGUUAGAGAUUCCAGAGUAAAUAUUCUUUUGAUGGAAAAUCUACAAUAAAAACAUAUGUUGGUUGUCAAUGGUGAGUUUGACUAAGCCUUAGAAAUUGGCACAUGCCCCACAGAAGAACUGGUUUUUGCCAUUGUUUCCCUGUGUGUGGGUGUGGGGGGAGGGCUAAACCUGUAUAUCCUAAUGUGUUUCACCGGCACACAUAACUGCCUUUUCAGUUUGUAAGUUAUAUAAACAUUAAAGAUGUUUGUUCAAAACACUUAUAAGCCUGUAAUUGUAUUGCUCGCUAUACACAAAAGCCUGGAAUCACCCCCAACACUAAAAAUAAAGAAUCGUCUUGUGAACACAA